GUGAUAUUCUGCGUUUUGUGCCGAUAAAUAGAAAAUGGAGAAGAAAUAAAAUAAAUAAACGUUGUUUUACUCAAUUUUUCCUUGUUUGAACGUACAAUCUUGUAAUGCAAGAUGGUUUGAUGUGUGUGAUGAUCAAUACAUUCAUGAAAAGACGGUGAAAAAUUUGUGAUCGAGGUGUAUUUGGAGUUGAAAAAACAAUGGAUCUAAUGGGGAUGGGUGAUGACCGUGUUUAUGCCGCAGAAAGAAUUACCAGAAAACGAGUGCGAAAGGGUGUUGUUGAGUAUCUCGUGAAAUGGAAGGGUUGGAGCCAGAAGCAUAACACUUGGGAGCCCGAAGAAAACAUACUAGAUCACCGUCUUAUAGAGCUGUAUGAACAGUCACACAGGGCGGAGGGCCCCGGCAAGCGCGGCCCCAAGAAGAAGGAGCGACCGGCGGCGGCGGCGGCAGCUAUGGUGGCGCCCACCGCCCUCGAAGACGCCGACGAAGACGACGGCGGCGACGAGAGCCAGGACGAGGGUGGGCCGACUGAGGGGGGCGGCGAGGGGAAGCUGAAGGCGGCAGAAGGCGGCGGCGGCGGUGAAGUUGAGGACGACGAAACUCGGGCUGGUUCCGAGCAGGAUACUUCGGAGAGCACCUCGACACCGACGACAACGACAACCGCUACGACGCCCUCUGCCGGCGUCGACGGCGACUCGAACAGCUCGAGCAGCGACGACAGACGGCCGCUGGCGGCGCGCGUGGAUCUAGCGGGAGGCGGCACGAAGCGCAAGGCGGAGGUGCUGUCGAAAGAGAGCGGCAAGAUCGGCGUGACAAUAACGACGAGCGGCGGGGGAGCGACGAGUCUGAGUCCGCCGCCGGCUAAGUCGUCGAAAGUACCGCCGAAGCAACAGAUCGCUCCCCCACCUCCCGCCUCCCGCACGCCAAACGGUCGACGCGGCUCAAAGAGCGGCGGCGAAGAAGAGACGUCGACGUCAUCGUCUACCUCCUCCUCGGCGUCGUCGGCGUCUUCCGCCGCCUCGUCGGCGUCAGCGUCCGCCAUCCCGUCGGCGUCCAGCCUCGCGGUGCUGACGACGGCGGCGGCGCCGAAAUCGUGCGCCGACCAGCGGUUGGUGUCGACUGAUGCGACGUUGCCGCACUCGUCGACGAGGGAACCGGCGUCGCCCAAACCCGUAGCUUCUAGGACGGACGAGAAGAGGCCGGACAAGAAGCAAGAAGCGAAGCCGGAGAACCACCCCCACCACCAGCACCAUCCCUCUGCCGCCGUUGUCGUCGCCGCUGAGGGGAAACCCGCCCCCGUGAACGGCCACGACGACACUGACGCGGAGGCGGGCGAGAUGGCGCUGUUGGCCAGUCCGGGCUCCGAGUACUGGCUGGCGAGAAAUCCGGUGGCCGAUCAGGUGUUUAUCACUGACGUCACAGUGAAUCUGAAGACUGUCACGAUAAGGGAGUGCAAAACGGAGAAGGGGUUCUUCAAGGAACGCGAGGACGAGGGUGAAUCCAGUGAUAUAGUUUAGAAUUUUAUUCGGAUUUUGUUCGAUCGAUCUUCGAAAAUAAGGGUUCGCAGAUUGAAUUGGAACAGGCCCAGGAAAUAUUGAAUGCCAAAUUAUGAUUCAGAUGUCGGCCUAAAUUAUUUUGAGAAUGAUUAAUGGUUUGCUACUCCUUAGGCCUUAGAGGUUCGGAGACUAGAAGAAUAUGCCACAUUUCUUAUCCCAAUGCUGUCAUCCUACUAUUUCAUUUUUGCCUCUGAAAAAAAUCAAAAUAGCUUUCCUUUUCUAAUUCACAGAAACAUGUUCAUGUAAAGUGAGUCCUGUUUUCGAUGCUUUUGCGCGAUAUCUCAGUUAUUUUUGGAGAUAAAGUGUUGCGGUUCUCACGUUACUGCCUCACUUUUUUGUCCCUCAUGUUUUUAAGAUACAGGGCGAAGUUCAAAAUUCCCACUUUUUGAGCACCUCCCGUAUCUUGGUUACUUUUCAACGCAUCGACAGGAUGAGAACGGGGCCUGUAUA